AUGGAGGCCCCGCUGCGGCCGGCCGCGGACAUCCUGAGGCGGAACCCGCAGCAGGACUACGAGCUCGUCCAGAGGGUCGGCAGCGGCACCUACGGCGACGUCUACAAGGCCAGAAAUAUACAUACAGGAGAAUUGGCUGCUGUAAAAAUUAUCAAAUUGGAGCCUGGAGAUGAUUUUUCUUUGAUUCAGCAAGAAAUAUUUAUGGUUAAAGAAUGUAAACAUUGCAACAUUGUUGCCUACUUUGGAAGCUAUCUCAGUCGAGAGAAACUGUGGAUUUGCAUGGAAUACUGUGGUGGAGGAUCACUUCAGGAUAUUUACCAUGUUACUGGGCCAUUAUCAGAACUGCAAAUAGCCUACGUAUGCAGAGAAACCUUACAGGGUCUUGCCUAUUUACAUACUAAAGGCAAAAUGCAUAGAGAUAUAAAAGGUGCAAAUAUUUUAUUGACAGACCAUGGUGAUGUAAAAUUAGCUGACUUUGGUGUGGCUGCAAAAAUAACAGCAACCAUUGCAAAGAGAAAGUCUUUUAUUGGUACUCCUUAUUGGAUGGCUCCGGAAGUUGCAGCAGUGGAAAAGAAUGGUGGCUACAACCAGCUCUGUGAUAUCUGGGCUGUAGGAAUAACAGCAAUCGAACUUGGAGAACUUCAGCCACCUAUGUUUGAUCUUCAUCCAAUGAGAGCUCUCUUCUUAAUGUCAAAAAGUAAUUUUCAGCCUCCAAAGCUAAAGGACAAAACAAAGUGGUCAUCAACGUUCCAUAAUUUUGUCAAAAUAGCACUAACUAAAAACCCCAAAAAAAGACCAACUGCUGAAAGACUUCUGACUCAUACUUUUGUCGGGCAACCUGGUCUUUCUAGAGCCCUAGCAGUUGAACUAUUGGACAAAGUGAACAAUCCAGACAACCAUGCACAUUACACUGAAGGUGAUGAUGACGACUUUGAGCCCCAUGCAAUCAUUCGUCAUACCAUUAGAUCUACAAACAGGAAUGCCAGAGCUGAACGGACAGCUUCAGAAAUAAAUUUUGACAAAUUACAAUUUGAACCUCCUCUGAGAAAAGAAACAGAAGCACGGGAUGAAAUGUUACAUUAUUCUCUUUGCAUUAGAUCAACCUCAAAACGUGUAAUACCUCCUCCUCUACCUCCUAAGCCAAGAAUAAACAGUUACCCUGAAGACAACCUUCCAGAUGAAGAAAAGUCAUUGACAAUAAAAUAUUGCCCUGAUUCAGAGAACAGAGCUCCGCAACUUCUCAGAAGACAGAGUAGUCCCAGUUGUGGUUCCUCAGUAGAGACUUCCUCUAUUGGAAAUGGCGAUGGUAUUUCAAAACUGAUGAGUGAAAAUACAGAAGGAUCAGCACAAGCACCACAGUUACCACGAAAAAAAGACAAGCGAGACUUCCCUAAACCAGCCAUCAAUGGCCUUCCACCCACCCCAAAAGUACUGGGAAUGGCAUCAGACCCAAACUUUCUAUUACAGUGGAAUCCUUUUGUUGAUGGUUCAAAUACUGAUCAGUACAUAAUUUUUGGAACUGAAGAUGGUAUUUAUACAUUGAAUCUCAAUGAGCUACAUGAGGCAACAAUGGAACAGUUAUUUCCACGCAAGUGUACUUGGCUGUAUGUCAUCAAUAAUACUUUAAUGUCAUUAUCAGAAGGAAAAACAUUUCAACUCUACUCUCAUAACCUGAUAGCAUUGUUUGAACAAGCCAAAAAACCAGGAUUAGCUGCCCAUAUUCAGACUCACAGGUUUCCAGACCGCAUACUACCAAGAAAAUUUGCUUUAACAACAAAGAUUCCAGAUACAAAAGGCUGCCACAAAUGUUGCAUAGUCAGAAACCCCUACACAGGACAUAAAUACCUCUGUGGAGCUUUACAAUCUGGAAUUGUUUUACUUCAGUGGUAUGAGCCCAUGCAGAAAUUCAUGUUGAUAAAGCACUUUGAUUUUCCUUUGCCAAGUCCUUUGAAUGUUUUUGAAAUGCUGGUAAUACCAGAACAGGAAUAUCCCAUGAUCUGUGUAGCUAUUAGCAAGGGCACUGAAUUAAAUCAGGUAGUUCAGUUUGAAACAAUCAACUUAAAUUCUGCAUCUUCAUGGUUUACAGAAAUUGGUGCAGGCAGCCAACAGUUAGAUUCCAUUCAUGUAACACAGCUGGAGAGAGAUACAGUUCUAGUGUGUUUAGACAAAUUUGUAAAAAUUGUAAAUCUACAAGGAAAAUUAAAAUCGAGUAAGAAACUGGCCUCUGAACUUAGUUUUGAUUUUCGCAUCGAAUCUGUUGUAUGCCUUCAAGAUAGUGUGUUGGCCUUCUGGAAACAUGGGAUGCAGGGCAAAAGUUUCAAGUCAGAUGAGGUUACCCAGGAGAUUUCAGAUGAAACAAGAGUUUUCCGUUUACUAGGAUCAGACAGGGUUGUCGUUUUGGAAAGUAGGCCAACAGAAAAUCCUACUGCACACAGCAACCUCUACAUCUUGGCUGGACAUGAAAAUAGUUACUAA